AUGGGCAACCUUGUAGGAGUAGACCUCGGCGGGAAUAUAGGGAAGAUAGCCGUCCGUGUGCGAGCAACUGAUACGGAGAAGUGCCCAAUACCAACCGACCUUAGUUUUCUGGCUGGACGACGCCGAUCGAGAAGAUAUGCAUCAGCUGGGGAAAUUAGUGACGAGAGCCCAGCUGAUUCCAGUGAAUCGCAAGCGUCUUCAUUAGCCUCUAGUGAUUGGAAUGAAGGAAUGGAAGAUUGGACAAUACGGAGCACCAAGGACGGCAGCCAAAUUCGCUUUGUUGACUUCGACCUCAAUGACACGCAACAGUUCCUGGAAACUCAGGUUGGUGAAUAUCUACUUUCACUUCAACGUAAGAGUGGGACAACCUCAUUUGCAGGGGUCGGCAGCGGUGUGUGGAGAUUACAAGAAGGGAGUAAAUUUGGCAGGCUCAUUGCCAAGUCGAUGUAUCGUGUUGGGGGUUCACCGAUAGGCGGAGCGACGCUGAUGGGAAUGGCCAGACAUAUGUUACCUCCGGAGUGUUCGAGAACGCCUGCGGAUAUUCUGCGAUGUGGCAAGAAGUGUGAUUUUUCACCGCUGGAUUUGCUAGUAUCGGACAUUUAUGGUGGGGACUACCCCUCGAUCGGUUUGAAGGGAAAUACUGUGGCUUCUAGUUUUGGCAAGGCCAAUAAUAAGGAACAGCGAGAGCAUGUGAAAGAGUGUGAAAUUGCGAGGUCAUUGCUAAACCUAAUGUCCAUGAACACUGCACAGUUAGCUUAUCUUCAUGCGAGUUUAUAUGAUAUUAACAAUGUGGUAUUCGUUGGGUAUCUUUUAGACACGCAUUUACUUCAAGUUUUCAGCGCUAUACAAUCGUCGUUCAACUUCUGGACGGGCGGCCGUAUGAAGGCGCUGUAUUUUCGGCAUGCUCACUAUCUGGGCGCGCUCGGUGCUCUGUUGAAAAGAGAAUCCACACUGGCUACGAUGACCCCGGGAAGGGAGUGA